CGACUCGUACUCAACCUUCUUCACUCUCCCUGGCGUAGCUGCUGCACCUCCGCACGAAUCCGCGAAUAUGAGGCCCACCUUUGUUGCUCGCAGUGAUAUGCCUGGUCCCCCCAACUACAACCUGUGGUGGGGCGACAAGACUGGCGGUCAGCGUCAGAAGGGCAUCGUCCAGUACUCCGUGUCUCCGUUCCGCCUGCGGGCGUUCAAGCAUCUGCUUAGUGGCUACCUUUUCAAUGGCUACCGUCGCAUUGCGGCGCAGGCGCCUUACUUCGUCAUUCCUUUCGCUGCCGGCUAUGGUAUCUAUGCCUGGGCAAGGAAGUACGACGAAUGGCAGCGCAGCAAGGAUGGCCAUAUUCAUGCAAUGGAACAUGGAGAGGGCGGCCAUUAAGUAUACACAUCCAUUAGACCACGCGCUUGCGGUAUACAGACAUCAGCUACCGCUCCCUGCUCAUGUUACUUGCAUCUCGCAAUGGAAUCAUCACGUUACUCCU